UUGCUUUCCGUACUAGUCUGCGCUGACGUGUCUGUCUGACGUCAUCGGUGUGUUUGUCAGUGGAGCAGGAAAAGAAGGCUGAGUACCAUGACUAACGCCUACACCUUGGAUGGACUUCUGGUCUUUGCUCUGCUUUUUGUCUGUACCUGUGCUUAUUUCAAGAAAGUUCCAAAUUUACGUUCUUGGCUUUUGUCUGAGAAGAAAGGAUUAUGGGGAGUUUUCUAUAAAGCUGCCGUAAUUGGAUCUCGUCUGCACUUGCCGGUUGCUCUGUCCUGUUUUGCCAUGGCCUUCUAUGUCUUGUUUAUAAAGUGAAACUGUGAUAUCUUCAAUUCGUCUCUGCUCUAUCUCCAGCUAAGGAUAUAUAGACAAUGGAGAAGGGAAACCUGACUGCAUGGCUGAAGACAUGAACUGAACUCCAUGACACUGUCCUGGAAUAUACUGUAUAUUAAAUAGAAUUUUCAUAUACGUCAAUGAUUCUGCAAGAAAAUGCAGAUGAAUUACUUGUUUCUUUAUAAAACUUUUGCAGUCCUAUAUGAGGUUGAGACCUUUUCUUAGAAAUAUUAAAACAAGUUUAAAUUGGUUGUUGAAUAUUAGAUUAAUGCUAUUUUUUUAAAUCAGAAAAUGCAUCAUAUUCCUCCAUAGUCUGUGUAUCCAUUUCCAUUACGGUGAACGGAGUAGAACUGCAAUACUAGAUAGUCCAGUCCGUCUUGUCAUGCAUUCAGCUACUAGGUCCACAGUAGCAUUAGGAGAUUGGGCCGCCUGUUCCAACAUAAAUGCACUAAAACCACUGCAUACAUGGGGAUCCAGUGGUUUCCAGCAUCAUGCGGUUAUGCCAGAGACGGUGAACCGGAACAGCCUGCCAUGUUGAACGCUGAUGUGAAUGUAGCCUUAAUUAAAUCCUGCAUUUGUAUUUGAAGAGAACAUGUUGAACAUGCUAAGAAAAUUGGAGUCAUGUGAAAAAAACAUUGAGCAUAACUUUUUUCAUUUACAUCCAGCUCAUUCUAUGCAUAUGGGGUCCCGUGGGCAAUGAUUGGCAACUAUCACAAUCAUUGUGUCACUUGAUUCAUAAGCCCACAGUGAGCAAUCUAUCGUUUUAUAAUUUAUACAGAUCAGGAAUCAUGUUCAAUGUGGCUGGACCAGUCAGAGACUUUCACAAAGUUGUCCCUAAGCCACUCCUGUCUUGGCUUAGGGUCAUUUUCUUGUUGGAAGGUGAACUUUCAUCCCAAUCUGAUGUCCAGAGCACCCUAAACUAGGUUUACAUUAAGAAUAUUUGUGUACUUUGCUUCAUUCAGCUUUCCCUCAACCCUGACCAGUCUCCUUGUCCCUCCCACUGAAAAACACCUCGAUUUCAUUAGGCUGCUACCCCUAUGCUUCCAUGUAUGGGUGGUAUUGGGCAGUUCAUGAGCAGCACCUGGUUUCCUCCAGACAUGACGCUUAGAAUUAAGGCCAAAAAGUGCAAUCUUGGUUUCAUCCGACCAGAGAAUCUUGUUUCUUUACAUUCUGAGUCUUAUAGGUGGUUUUAUGCAUGCUUUUAUGUGUCUUUCAGGGUACAUUCCCACGACAGUAUGUAUUUUGUGGUCCACAAAACCGACGGGCUGGCCUCUAAUAGAAUAGUUUUAUCUUUGUCCAUAAUGCGAACAAUAAUAUCCCAUGUUCUAUUUUUAUUUUUCCUGCAAUGGCCAUAUGGACAUGGAAUUCACAGUCAUUUCCGUUUUUUCACAGCCCCAUUGAAGUGAAUGGUUUCACAUAUGGGUCAUAAAAAAAAACCUAUGAAAAAUACGUUCUGUGCAUGAGCCCUUACGGAGAGGCUUUUUUUUUGUUUGGCCAUAAAGCCCAGAUUGGUGAAGUGCUGCAGUGAAGUUUAUCCAGCUGGAGGCUUUUCUCAUCUGCACACAGGAUCUUUCUGUUCUGAUGUUUCUGACCAAAGUUCUUGGUCAUCCUACUUAUCAAGGCCCUGCACCUCUUAUUAGUUUGUUCAGACAGCCUGUUAUAGGAAGACCUCACUGUUCCACUGUGCUCUUAGGAACUUUCCGUGAAGGGGAAAUGUUUUUGUACCUUUCUUGAGAUCUGUGCCUCCACACAGUCAUGUCUCUGAGCUCUAUAGGCAGUUCUUUCCUCCCCAUUGCUUGGUUUUUGCUCUUAUAUGCAUUGUGAAGCUGUGAGACCUCAUACACAGGGGUGCGUCUUUCCAAAUUAUGUCCAGUGAAGGUAUAGUAAAAUCUCAAAGAUGAUUGAGUUUUGGGAGACCCCAGAGCUAAAUUUGUCAUAGCAAAGGCUCUGAAUAAUUAUGUCGUGAAAUUUUAGUUUUUCCUUUUCAAUAAAUUUACAAAUAAUUCUAAAA